GGCGGUUGUACCGGGUAGUGCCACGUUGAUGGACACCAGUGGGGACGUGGAAAUCCGUCUGCAGACCGCAGCCGGGACCCGGUAGCCUCCUCUCCUUGUGUUUUCUCUGCCGUGAAACCCUGAGCACGCUCCACAGAGGAACCGUGUGUGUGUCUGUACGCGUGUUUUAUGUCUGUUCGUGUGAGAAGGCGCACAGAAAGUGAAGGAUGAAACUCAAAGAGAUCAACCGCACAGCCAUCCAGACCUGGAGCCCUGCUCAGCACCACCCUGUCUACCUGGCUACAGGAACAUCAGCCCAACAGCUGGAUGCCUCCUUCAGCACCAAUGCCUCCUUGGAGUUUUUCGAGCUGGACCUGGCUGAUCCGUCACUGGACAUGAAGUCAUGUGGCAGCUUCUCCUCCACUCACAGAUACCACAAAUUGGUGUGGGGUCCCUAUGGGAUGGACUCCGGCGCUCACCCAUCUGGGGUCCUUAUCGCAGGAGGCGAGAAUGGCAACGUCAUCCUCUAUGACCCUGCAAAGAUCAUCGCUGGAGAGAGCGACGUGAUCAUUGCUGAGAGUGACAGACACACUGGGCCAGUGAGAGCUCUCGACGUCAACCCGUUCCAAACAAACCUUGUUGCAUCAGGUGGGAAUGAGUCUGAGAUCUACAUCUGGGACAUGAAUAACUUUGGUUCUCCUAUGACACCAGGACCUAAAACACAGCCUUUGGAGGACAUCAGCUGCGUGUCAUGGAACAAACAGGUCCAACACAUCCUGGCCUCUGCCAGCCCGAGUGGCCGAGCCUCCGUGUGGGACCUCCGCAAGAACGACCUCAUUAUUAAAGUUAGCGACCACAGCAACAGAAUGCACUGCUCUGGACUGGCCUGGAACCCAGAAGUGGCAACUCAGCUGAUUUUGGCCUCUGAAGACGAUCGGAUGCCAGUCAUCCAGAUGUGGGACUUACGUUUUGCUACCUCUCCUCUGAAGAUAUUAGAGAAUCACACACGGGGUGUCCUAUCCAUCGCUUGGAGCUUGGCUGAUCCCGAGCUGCUCCUGAGCUGUGGGAAGGACAACAGGAUCCUGUGCUGGAAUCCAAACACAGCAGAGGUGCUGUACGAGUUGCCCACAAGCAGCCAGUGGUGCUUUGACAUCCAGUGGUGCCCCAGGAACCCUGCGGUGCUGUCGGCUGCCAGCUUCGGCGGACACAUCGACAUCUACUCCAUCAUGGGAGGCAGCAGCCAGGCGCAGAGCAAGAGACAGGCUGACCAGAUAAGCACCUCAUUCGGGAACAUGGAUCCUUUUGGGACAGGACAAACUUUGCCUCCACUGCAGCUGCCCCAGACCACUGCCCCUCCAGCUGUAAUAAACCCCCUGAAGAAGCCACCCAAAUGGAUCCGCAGACCUGUUGGGGCCUCGUUUGCUUUCGGUGGAAAGCUGGUGUCUUUGGAGAACCCGAAGCCAAACCCUCAGCAGCUGCAGCAGCCCACUUCCCACGUUGUACAUGUCAGCCAGGUUGUUACAGAAACAGCCUUUCUGAAGCGCUCCGAUCAGCUGCAGGCCACUCUGAGCUCAGGCAGCUUCGUGGACUUCUGCCAGGGAAAGAUCGAUGCAGCUGAAAAUGAGUUUGAAAAGACAAUUUGGUCUUUCCUCAAGGCUAAUUUUGAAAAUGAUAUCCGCAGCAAGUUCCUGGAACUUCUGGGUUACAACAAAGAGGAGUUAGCCCUAAAGAUUUCAGCAGCACUAGAGGAAAAACCUGCUGAUCCUCCGGAGCCUCAAACUUCUCCUCUUCAGGUGGAGGUGCCUGCUCCAGUCAGCCUGCAGCCUUUACCAGACCUCAGCCUCAUGCAGCCAGCAGACACUCCAGAGGCUGUGUUCGACAUGAUCGCUGCAGCAAACCCUCAGCCAGCUGCCACAUUUGAACUGGACGCCACUCCUGAAGCAGACGGUGUAAAACCAGAAGCAGCAGAAGAUUUAGAGGAAGAUGUUCUCACUGAUGAACCAGAAGAAAAUGUUGAAAAGGUUCUCACACAAGGAGAUGCUGAGGAAGAGAAGGAGGAGGUGGGGGAGGAGAUGGAUGAAGAGGAGAUCCCCUUAGAUGAGGAGACGACAGCAUCAGUGGAAGAGGAGGAGAAGGAGGAGGAGGAGCACAUUUCAGCUGAGACCCCAGCUCCGGUUCAGGCUCCAGUUGAGUUGGCCGCUGAGGUCCCAGCUCCAUUUCUGGCUCCAGUUGAGUUGGCCACUGAGGUCCCAGCUCCAUUUCUGGCUCCAGUUGAGUUGGCCACUGAGGUCCCAGCUCCAUUUCUGGCUCCAGUUGAGUUGGCCGCUGAGGUCCCCGCUCCAUUUCUGGCUCCAGUUCAGGAGGCCACUGAGGUCCCAGCUCCAACUCCUGCAGAAGGAGUCAGUCUCAGCAUCAGUCAAGAUGUAGACGGCUUGAUCACGCAGGCUCUGCUGACCGGAGACUUUGAGGGAGCUGUUGACCUAUGUCUCCAUGACAACCGGAUGGCGGACAGCAUCAUUCUCGCCAUCGCAGGAGGGGCCGAACUCUUGGAGAAAACCCAGAAGAAAUAUUUUACAAAAGCACACAGCAAGAUAACCAAGCUGAUCAGUGCAGUGGUGAUGAAAGACUGGCAUGACAUCCUGAAGACGUGUGACCUGCAGAACUGGAAAGAGGCCCUAGCUGCCGUCAUGACCUACGCUCAGCCUGAGGAGUUCUCUUCCCUCUGUGACCUUCUUGGGGACAGACUGGAAGCAGCAGAGGUCGCUCAACUCCAAGCCCAGGCCUGUCUGUGCUACAUCUGUGCCGGCAACGUGGAGAAACUCGUGUCUUGUUGGACCAAAGCUCAGGAAGGACACUGUCCCCUCUCUCUCCAGGACCUGGUGGAGAAAGUGGUGGUGCUGCGUCGCGCAGUAGAACAGACCCAGCGCUCUGAUCCCGCUGCUGUUGGCAUCCUAUUGGCCGAGAAGAUGAGCCAGUACGCCAACCUGCUGGCCUCACAGGGCAGUCUGACCACCGCCAUCACCUACCUGCCCGACAACACCAACCAGGUUGCCGUGCAGCAGCUCCGUGACCGCCUCAGUCGGGCUCUGGGGCAGCAGGCGGUGGCUCCUGCAGCUCCUGUACAAACCCAGAGAGCUCAGUCUCAGCGACCUACCCCUCAGGCUCAACACAACUCAGCGCUGCCACGCCAACCCUUUACCCCGGUCCAGCCCACCAUGGUGCCUCAGCCCACUAGUGCAGCUCCAGUACCGAUGCUCACACCUGCCUCUGCGCCUGCACCUUCCCAGCCGCAGUAUUUCCAGCCAAUGAGGGCUGCCUCCACUGUCACCUCCUGGAGUAAUCAAAGUCCCACAGCCCUCCCCAAUGUCCCUCCUCCUCUUCAAGUAGGCAGCGCCUCUGAGCCACAGGCGGAGCCUCCAAAGUCCAUGUACGGGAUGCCAGCCUCCUCCACAGCUUUUGCUGCACCUGCGGCCUCGUCCUUCAUUUACUCCCAUCAGUACCAGCCUUACCCCCAGGUCAGCCAGUAUCCACCUGGAGCUGGUGGGGUGCCUGUCUAUCAGCCUCUACAGUACAACUCCUCUCAAGCCUCUCUUCCACCUCCUCCUGCAGAGCCCUACUCCCCUCCUCCUCACCCCCCAGGCUUUCUCUCUCAGUACACUCAGCCUGUCCCCUCUCAGCCAGCACAACCGUUCUAUCCCGGACAACCUCCCAUCAGCCACUGCCUGUCCUCCUCUCCACCCUCACAGCCUCCUUUCUUUCCCCCUGCCGCCUCCUCCUCCUCCUCUUUCUCUGCUCCUCCGUCCUCCGGAGCAUCUUUCCAGCAUGGCGGGCCAGGAUCUCCUGUGUCAUACAUGCCUCUUCCUCCACCAAGCGGAGUCUCAGGUACACAGCUUGAGCUUGACCCUGACCCCGAGCGGACCACCGCCUCUCAGAGAACAGGGCCUCAGAACGGCUGGAAUGACCCUCCUGCUCUGAGCAGAGCAACAAAGAAGAAGAAGCAGGUUCCAGAGAACUACACUCCCCCUGCACCCAUCACUGCUCCCAUCCUGGCUCCGCUGGGUGCUGAUCCUCAGGCGCAAAUGGGGUCCUCUGGGGCCCCUCAGGCCAUGGUCCAGGGCCCACAGGGCGCCCAGAUCCCUUACUCAGGAAUGAACCAGCAGCAGCAGCAGCAUCAUCAUCAUCAGCAGCAGCAGCAGCAGCUCCCCCCGACAACCAUGAACCCUGCAAUGCCCAAGACAAGUAUGGAGGGAGCACCGGGAGCACCUACUGGAGAUGUUAUUCAGCCUCUGCGGUCCAUCCCUGCUGAAAAGAUCAUGAAGAAGCCGAUCCCCGAUGAGCACAUGGUCCUGAAGACCACAUUCGAGGGGCUCAUCCAGAAGUGCUUGGCUGUAGCCACCGACCCUCAAACAAAGAGGAAGCUCGAUGAUGCCAACAAACGUUUGGAAGCACUUUAUGACAAACUCAGAGAGCAGACGCUCUCUCCAGCCAUCGUAGGAGGUCUACAUAACAUAGCCCGGACUAUAGAGUCCCGAUCCUACAUGGAGGGCCUCAACAUCCACACCCACAUCGUCAGCAACAGCAACUUCAGCGAGACGUCAGCAUUCAUGCCCGUACUCAAGGUGGUGCUGACACAGGCCAACAAACUCGGGGUCUGAUCAGGCCAGAUUAUAAAAAACCCCACCACCUCGGCACUCCUCCGAGUCUUUGACUGGCGGACAGUGGAGAGUGAGCGGUCAGGGGUCGAGCUGAGGAUGGGCGUUAUAAAUUGCUGGUUGCUUGUUUCACAGGAAACUCCAUUUGAAUCAAAUGCAAAUGAUGAAGAAUUGUGAGAUGUAUGAAAAAUACUGUUAAAUUCUUUUUUUUGUGCCAUUCACGUUUUCUGACACAGUUCAAACACAAGCCAUACUAUCAGUCGCACUCGGUUGGGAAACUAAAUUCUGAGCCCGGUGCAAACAUAUCCACAGUUAAAGGGCUUGAGAGAGUUUGAUUAAAGUUCCACCUCAAUCUGCCAGAAAGUCACUCUAAACAUUUGUUUGUAAUUUAGACUUUUACUCAUAUGGAUUAAUGCAUAAUCUUAAAAUAAAUGUGCAACAAUCCCACUGAAGCAUAAUUUAAUCUCCAAACCGACAAGCAAAUUAUGAGGAAUACAGUUUUAAGAUUUUGGAUAUGGAAAUGAAGGUAAAUAGAUUUGGAAGCAAAUUGUUUGACUAUGUUGGAUGCAAAGGAAUGAAAAUAGAAAGGAAAACGACAACAGAUUCAGGAAUUGUAAUGGCAUUUCUAUCUACUCAUGUUGAUCAGUACAAAUAAAUCUGGUCAACUAAAAGAAACAAGAACCCUUCUUUAGUAGUGUGGACAUAAAUAGCAGAAGACAGUCAUGUAAGAAAUAUAUGCUUGUUUCAUCUAUAUUAAAUUUCAAUAUUGCAGUGCAAUACAACAGUGUCCGGAUACAUCACAGUUAAUAUAAUUUUCUCUUAAAAGUACAAAAUUGUGUUUCACAUAUGAACACAACAAUACCUGCAUGCAUUUCGCAGUAGAGCUGAAAAAGAGGCAACAGAAGGAUGAGAGCAGAGGAGAAGUUUUCUAUGUUCAUUUCAACAGCAGGAGACAAGAAACGAAUUAAUUUAAAAUAAGAACAUCUGAUUGACUGCCAUGCUUUAACCAGUAGUCCCUCCCACAGCAUUUAAAGCAACAUUAAUGCCAGUUUUAUUUUCUUAAUGUGCUUAAUAUGACAUUUGCUAAUACUCUAAACCUGCUUCUAAUGGCUUACUUUCACCGCUGAUGUCACUAAUGCAACACUUUGGACCAAGACGUUGUCAGUGUGUGAAAUAUUUCAAUGCAGAGCAAUGCAAACCCAGUGUUUGUGGACAUUUUAAUGAUGUCUUAUUUUUGUUGUCUUCUUUUGUUUUUUCCUCUAUGUAAUCACGAGGCUCCGCUGAGUGCAAUGGACUUUUUUUUUUUUUAAACGAGACCGUGCUUUUAUGGAAUUUGAAAGUAUGCAUGCUUUAACACAGUGCUAGAAGUCGUCUGUAAUGGCAUUCAAGGUAAUUAUCUGCUAAUUAACCAGACCUCAGAAGGAAACUGGAAACAGACUUGAUUUUGAUUCCAACGAUGAUGAGGGCUGCAGUCUGAGUGGUCAACCUCGGUUGUUUUAGAUGGACUACAUGCAAUAUUUUCAAUAAAUAGUAUUUAUUUACCUGUGA